GCCAUGUCUGGUGGUGCCUGGCAACAAAAGGACUGGCAGACAAAGAUAAGCCGUCAAUCAGCCAGACUGACGGGAGGGGAGGCGUCAAGGUGCGUAAUCAGAUUGACAAAGAACCGAGACGACAACGACAUACCGAACGAAGCCUCGACGAGAGAUGAGGGACGCGCCAAUGGCAUUCCAAGAAUCGCGCAAUGCCAGCCAUGCUAGCACCGCAUUUUUUCCAUUACGUACAAAUGGAGCCAAACUAAUGUCUAAACAACCGCCAUGCCGUCAUCCAGCGAGCCCGACUGGUGUUCUGGUCAGCUCAUAAGCCAACAUCCGCCGCACCCCCCCUCCCCCUCCCUCGAGGAGGAUUGGACAUCUCCGCGGAAAACCUGCCAGUCUGGAAACCUGCGCCCAAGAAGCUUCGUGUCGCUUGGCGUCCAUGUUGAGUUGAGGCAACUCUGUCUUGGUGCAACCAACCUUGGGCGGGUGAGAAGCAGCUCUGGAUCAGCGGCAUGCUCAGCUCAGGGAAGAAGCAUCAACAAGCUAGGCCCCAGCAGCAACAAACAGCAUCUGGGCCGCCUGCUGGUCUAAUGCAAACGGCCCCCGCUCCCUUGCCGUCGAUGUGCGGAUUUUGCGGGGAAGUUGGUCCCCCUUGCCUCAUAGGGCACCAUUGCGCGCCGGCUCCCACGUCGGAACCUCGCAUCCUAUUCCUCCCACAGCAGCAGGCCGAUGGAUAUGAUGCGCGCAAGGGGAACAUAGGACCGAAACCACACCAUCAUCAUUUUCUGCUGCUUCUUCCUCUUUCUCUCCCUCUUCAAAGACGACACGGUUGGGCUUUCUCACGCACCUCGCCGCCGGCCACAUCCACCGGCCCACCAGUUUUACGUCAUGGUAUUCACUUUGUCUCGGCUACUACAGAGUUACCUCCUAUACGGACGACGGAAAGAAAUCCCUCUUUCGACUCGCAAGGUUCGGUUCUCCUGGGCCAUGGCCGUUCACCGCACGCCAUCGGUCCAGCCAUUUCUUUUAAUAUGAGGUUGUGCCCGAAAGGAGAAGAAAAUCCGGGGUCACGAUGCUGGAUUGAUGUCCGACGCCGACCUCGCGUCUAUUUUCAAGUCACCUGAGCCGACCUGUUUUAACAUCCCUGCCCUGCUGCCAACCGGCCUGCCCUGGUUGACUUUAUGUCUGUAGUAAACGAAGAUACAGCCUGCAGGCUACCACAGCUGGCUGUCCCCCACGGGGCCCAUCGUGGUUGUGGGCACCGAUAUCGCGUGUUGACUGUUGAGGGCAACAAAACUACACAACCCCCCACUUGGCCAUUUUGCUUCGCUCGAGCCCGGAGGUGCUUGAGCCCGCGGAGCCGCAGCCCCAGGCGCCCGUUCCGGAGCCAUCCAUCUUGGCCGUGGGCCUGACCAUAUGUAAUCUGUGAAUUUAUGUUUUGCCCAUCUCCAUAUGUAAGCUGCCGAGUCGCCCUGGCAGCGGCACCUGAGCGGACGCGUCUUGACAUGCGAUCCUUGCAUCUCGCU